AUGAACGACGACAUCGACACCCAACUCGAUACGGAAGACCUCUCCCAAACACAGUCUUGGGAAACACAAGAUUACCUUUACGAACACCAAUACGCAGUCAUCCCGGACAGCGACGAGAAUUCACCACCACUUAUGUCUACUAUGGUCAAGUCGGAGAAACGCCGGUACCUGGAUACGUCAGACGAAGCACAGGGUGCCGGUACCAGUGGGGGGAAGCGAAAGCACGAUCAGAUUGGUAUCGAUGUGGGGUCUACUGGCCACAACGCUGCCGAAUCCAGGGCGUCGAGAAUCCUUAAAGAAGAGAACCUCCUAAACGAGGCAAUCAUGGAAAGCAUCUCCCGACUCAUCGAGUUCCGACAAAUAAACGCCGAGGCCGAACACAAUGCUCUUCGAAGGAAACACGAAUGGAAGGAGACAAAGAUAAGGGUUCUCAACGAAUGGAUCAAACGGCUAGAGGACACACUCAGGAAAGAAGGGAUACCACUUCCAGAAUACCCUAGUGCAAGCGGUGCCGCCUGCUGGGCCCCGCCGUCGUAG